GUGCGUCGCGCGCCCGGCGGGGCAGCCGGAGCGGUUUGUGGCGGACGCCCAGCGCAGCCCCGCUCCCUCCCGGCCAUGGCGGCGGACAUCACGCUGCUCUUCAAGGCCAGCGUCAAGACGGUGAAGACGCGGAACAAGGCCCUGGGGGUCUCGCUGGGCGGCGGCGGCGGCGGCGGCGGCGGCGGCGGCGACGACCCCCUCCUGCUCCUCAAGCGGGCCGGCAACGCCCGGCCCAAGGGCGACUUCUCUGGGCGGGCCCGCGACGUGGUCAACAACAUUGGAAAGCUGAAAGAUUUUCUUCUGCAGCACAGGAAAGAUUACAUUAAUGCAUACAGCCAUGUCAUGUCUGAAUAUGUGCGAAUGACAGACACGGAGCGGGAUCAAAUUGAUCAGGAUGCCCAGAUAUUUAUGAGAGCGUGUGCUGAUGCCAUUCAGCAACUCCGGACAGAAGCGCAUAAAGACAUCCAUUCCCCACAAGUGAAGCAGCACAGAGAAGCAGUUUUGGAUUUCAUUGAAGACUACUUAAAAAGGGUAUGUAAGCUGUAUUCUGAACAAAGAGCUAUCCGGUCAAGCUUGUGCUGCUUGAUAAGAAAAAGACUAUCCAGGCUGGAGCCUGAGCAGAGCAAUAAAGCCAAAGGAACCUGUUCUCCUGAAAGAACUGUCCAGGUGGCAUCUGAAGAACAAGAGGACAGACUCUUGUGUGAAGAAAACAAAGAUAAGAAUGUAAUAGAAGACCAUUCUAUAUUCGGCACUUGGGCAGAUGGCAAAGGAGAAGACGAGCUUUCCCCGGAAGAAAUCCAAAUGUUUGAGCAAGAAAACCAGCGGCUGGUGGGUGAAAUGAACAGCCUGUUUGACGAAGUCAGACAGAUUGAAGGGAAAGUGGUGGAAAUAUCUAGACUUCAAGAGAUAUUCACAGAAAACGUCUUGAAGCAGGAAGCUGAGAUUGAUAAUAUUCAUCAGCUGGUUGUGGGUGCAACAGAGAAUAUCAAAGAAGGCAAUGAAGACAUACGGGAGGCCAUCAAGAAUAAUGCUGGAUUUCGUGUCUGGAUCCUCUUCUUCCUCGUGAUGUGUUCUUUUUCUUUGCUGUUCUUGGACUGGUACGGCAGCUAGACCGGACACGUUUAUUGUGUCUGUAAACCACAGCUGAAGUCAGCAAAAGCUGCCUCUGACUGACCAUUGACUGAAGAAGUUAUUUGCAAAGCAAGACAUAUUGUAUUCCGUGCAUAAUAAUUUUGAUGGAAAUACAUGGCUCAGAGACAAGCA